GAUAAGUUCGUCCCAUUACCACACAGACCAAGCAACUAUAAAUUAAGUUAUGACAUUGACCCUCACAACAUGACGGUGGUUCCGGAAGAAUAUCCAUCAAAGGAUGGUUUUGAAAACAAUAGACAGCUCAAUGCAAUUGCAAGAGCAAUACUACUUGACGCAAGCUUGGUUCAUUUAUGGAAAGAAAUUGGUUACACAGAGAUAUGUGAUGAUACCAAUGAUCUUGUCAUGUCAGGAGCAUUACUCAUCCUUUUUCCUCCAUCCUCACCAUCCGGAUGGUUUUUUCCUACUCCUGAAAAUGUAACGAACCGCCUUACCAAGCUCAUCGAACUAGGGUUUAAGCUCACCGAUAAGACCAUAGUGGACACCCUACAAAUGUAUGAAAAUCAGUUGGAUGAUUACGGGAACAUAUUUUGGAAUGUUUUCACCACAAUUCGAAGUGGGGAAUCAAGUGUUUCAUUU